AUUUGAAAGUUUAGCGAAAAAUGAUUCGGUUAAGUGUAGUGACAACUCUGGUAUUGAUAGCCACGCUGAAUCCUCAUUGUGCCGAACUAGUUGCUAGAGAUUGGUGGCAAAAGGCUGGUUUCUAUCAAAUCUAUCCUCGUUCAUUCAAGGAUAGCAAUGGCGACGGUAUAGGCGAUUUAAACGGAAUAACGUCGAAGCUGUCGUACCUGAAAGAAAUCGGCGUUCGGGCUUUCUGGAUGUCACCGAUCAACAAGUCCCCGAUGGUGGAUUUCGGGUAUGAUAUUUCCGAUUACCGGGGAAUUCAGGCAGAGUAUGGAACCAUGGCCGAUUUCGAAAAUCUAGUAGCAGAAGCGAAACGGUUGGGACUGAAGGUGAUUAUGGACUUUGUCCCAAAUCAUUCGAGCAAUAAGCACGAAUGGUUCAUUAAGUCGGAAAGUCGUGUGAGUGGCUAUGAAGAUUACUACAUUUGGGAUGAUGGUUUACCAAAUCCGGCUGGUGGUCGAAAUUUACCACCUUCGAAUUGGUUGCAAGCGUUUCGUCGUAGCGCCUGGCAGUGGAGUGACACGCGGCAGCAGUACUAUCUACACCAGUUUACUGUCGAGCAGCCGGAUUUGAACUAUCGAAAUCCAAAGGUGGUUGAGGAGAUGAAGGAUGUCAUUCGCUUCUGGUUGGAUAAAGGUAUCGAUGGGUUUAGGGUUGAUGCGGUACCCUUUCUUUACGAGGUUGAGAAAAAUAGCAAUGGGGUAUAUCCGAAUGAGCCUCCCAGUGGUCAAACGGAAGAUCCGGAUGAUUUUGCUUACCUUGAGCAUAUUUAUACACAGAAUUUGCCAGAAACGUUGGAUAUGGUUUAUCAAUGGCGUGAACUAGUUGAUCAAUACCAGAAGGAUAACGGUGGUGAUACGCGUGUACUCAUGACGGAAGGAUUCACUAGUUUGAAUGUUUUGAAAGAAUACUAUGAAAGUCCUGAGGGCCGAUUGGGGCCUCAUAUGCCGUUCAACUUCGGUUUUAUCACGGAUGUGGAUAAGGAUUCGACGGCAGAUGAUUUUCUGGACACCAUCGAAUCGUGGAUGGAUAUAGUUCCCAAGAAUGGAGUAGCGAACUGGGUGAUCGGGAAUCAUGAUCGACCACGUGUGGGCACUCGCUUCGGGAAAGAAAGAAUAGAUGUCAUGAAUAUGAUUUUGAUGAGUCUACCAGGUGCAACGAUAACUUACCAGGGGGAAGAAAUUGGCAUGACGGAUGUGUAUGUUUCUUGGGAAGAAACUGUCGAUCCUGCUGCUUGUAAUGCGGGGAAAGAUUUGUUCGAGCAAACGUCACGUGAUCCUUGCCGAACACCAUUUCAAUGGGAAGAUUCGGCCAUGGCAGGAUUCACCAAUGGUAGCAGAACUUGGCUACCAUUAUCAUCAGAUUAUAAAAAUGUUAACGUAAAGGUUGAGGAAAAUUUACAGCGAAGUCAUCUUAAAGUAUACAAAGCGAUGAUGAAACUGCGAGCGGGUAAAACAUUUCUGCACGGGUUGCUUAGGGUACGUGCAAUAAAUAAUGUUUUGAUAAUUGUUCGGGAGUUGGAAGGAUAUAACACCUAUAUGACGUUUGCUAAUCUAGGCGAUAAUAUGGAGGUUAUUGACGCUAGCCAGCUAGGAAAGAAGCUUCCUGCUAAGUUAAGAUAUGAGGUUUUGGGAGUGUCUUCACAUCACGUCAAAGGUGGAGCGGUAGCAACGAACGACAUUUUAGUUCUUCCGAAUGAGUCGUUCGUGCUAAAUGCUCGUAUUGCCCCGGUGGAUCUUAUCAGAGAGUCUAUCUGCGAAGCCUGGUUGGAGUAAUGAAAUCCCUUCUAUUGUUGGUAAAAUGUCCAAUAUGUAGUAAGUGCGUGAUAAGUAGUGUAAUGUUGUUUGAAUGAUUCAGAUAUAAAUUCUCUUCAAAAUAUACUAUAUAGGUAAUCUAGAAAACUUCAACGUAAAAUAAACAGUCAAUCGUUUUUACCAUUUUUGAACAAUAUAAAA